AUGCCUUCACAUAAAAAGUUGAAGAAAGCCAAGAAGGAAGAAGAAGCCUUUGAAACACUCCGAAGCAAGACUCAUCCGGAAGAGAAUGAGAAUUUGACAACAACAAGCACUUCUCAACCAACGAGCAAGAAAGGUACUACUUCUCAAAAAUUGAAUACUUCCGAAAACGUCAGAGAGAAUACAGAUGAUACUGAACCUAUCCAUAAUAACAACAACAAUGAAGAGACGAAUAUCAAUGAAGAAGAAGAAGAAGACGAAACAGGUGAUUUCCAUGGCAAUGUUCUCUCAUCAAACCAUGACGAUGACAACAAUGAUCCUCUCAAUCGUUUAAAAAAAGCCUCCGAUAACGAUUUGGAUGAAAAUGAUCGAUUUUUAAAAAACUUUUUAUUUAAGAGAGGAUGGAUUUUUGAUUAUGAAAAACAUGGUGAUCGAUAUGCUCAACAAGCACAAGAAUUAGAUAAAGGAGAUGUGUUAGAUGAUGAAUAUGCUGAUUUGGAUAUUGAAUCUCAUCGAAUGAAUUUGGAAAAUUCAAAAUUGGGUGGAACCUCAAAUGCAGUACCAAUGAAUGAUGAAGAAAAACAAGAAGAACAAGACGAAAAGGAAGAAGAUACAGAAUAUAAACAAGAUGAAAGUAUGAAUGCCGAAGAAGAUGAAGCAGAUGAUGACUCCUCUGACGAUCUCUCUGAUGAUAACUCUGAUGAUGACUCUGAUACACCAAAAUCUGAACGUGAAAAAAAAGAUUCUAAAAAAAAGAGAAAACGUCUUGCUAAAAAUGAAAAAUUCAAAGAACAAUUAGAAUCAGUGAAAAGAGAACAUAAUGAAAAGGCAGAGAAAAUUAAACAUGAAAUUAUAGAAUCAAUAUUUAAAUUGAAAGAGGUCAUCAAAGGAGAUGAAUCACUUGUUGACAAGUUGCAAAUUUCUAAAAGUGAUGAUACUGAAAAGACAUGGGAAGCUAUUGAAAAACGCAAGAUUAUUGAAGAAUUUGCCAAAUCUGCAAUGGAAGAUGAUGAAGAUACAAAUCCAACUUCUGCAAGUACUCUGAGACGACAUGUCAACAAAUUAUUUGAAGAUUAUUAUGAUUCAUUCUUUGAAGAUGUUAACGCAGCAACAGGUGACACAUUUAAAUUUAAAUACAAGUCUGUAGACAAGGCUGAUUUUGGAUUAACAGCUGAAGAUAUUAUCAACCUGGAGGAUGAUGAUUUGGAUCAAGUAGUUUCCAUGAAACAUUUAAUGAGAUAUGAUUAUAAGCCACCUGAUGAAAAAGUCAAAAAGGAUAUUUUCUUUAAAGUUAGAAAUUUGAAAUUGCAAAAAGGGUUAUUAGGCAAAAAAUCAGAGAGAGCUCUCAAAUUUAAACAAGGAAAAAUGGGAAAGAAGAACAAGUCGAAACAACAUGAUGUGAGUGGUAAGGAUGAAGGCGAUAAAAAGAAUGACAACAAGAAGAAUAAGAACAGUAACAAAGGAGGUCAAACCAACAAGAGUCAAGGCGCUAAGAGAAAACUGGAGCAGGUUGAAGACACUAAGCCAAAAUCCGCUCCACAAAAUUCAAAUAAUGCCAAGAAGAAUCCACAAAAACAACAAACCAAAGAUGUCAUUGCCACAAACAGCGCUUCACAACAAGAACCUCCAAGAAAAAAGAAGAAGAGAGGAAAAGGAGGAAAGAACAAACAGGAAUAA